UGUGGAUUUGGCUGGCUCAAACCUUGACGUGGCAAUAUCUAAUAAUGUGAAGGGAGAAUUGGGAGUGAUGACUAAACGGUUCCGCGACGAGCAGUGCAGUGAUCGCUUUCGCGCUGGUUUGCUGCCGGAGAUAAAAGAAAAAGUGAUUUUCAUGGACCAGCCCCCUACACUAUCGAUGGCGGUGGCGCAGGCGCGCAGAGUGGAAGAAUUAAAUAAUACAAUGAAAGAUGAUAUAUGGCGAAGGACAAAAGAAAAAGAAGUAAAGGCGACUUUAGCGGAAGUGAGUGAAAUAAGAGCGAAUGGAAAUAGAGAGGGGACGACGUAUGACAAAAACCGACAAAAUCGACAGUUUGGAAACAGGCAAAAUUUUAACAAUAGAGGAUGGGGGAAUAGAGGAAAUAGUAGCGGUGAAUGGAGAAGAGGGCAGUCGAAUAGAGCGCCAGCCUGGAACCAAACAUACCGAGGAACCGACAAUUUUAGAAAUUUUCGAAAUGCGAGGGGAAAUAGAUGGCCUACAGGACAAAACAGGAACCCAAGUACGGUGCCAAUAACGAAUACGAGAGAAACGAAUUUUAGGGGAAGAGGAAAUUUUUCAAGAGGGGGAUAUAGAGUCAGUGAAACUAGCUUCCCGUAUAUUUAUGUGCAUUUUAACGAUAAUAUGCAUUUUAAUGCAAAUGAUGAACGCUCAAUUCCAAAUAUGUAA